GCAGACAGACAGAGAGUAGGGCUGGUGGAAGGAGGGAGGCAGCCUGAUGCCGCCGGGGUUUACCGGGAAUUAAAAAUCUGACGUCCAGCGCUGCGCGGUGGACACUGUCGCUUCUGGAGGAGGAACACGAACACAACAAUAUGCAUCCUUUGUGGAUUUGGAUGCUGAUGGCGGCCCUGCAGUUCAUUCAGAGUGAAGAGGCCGAGCACUCAUUGUCAAGCAAGCAGGGGGCGUUGCCAUGCAUGAGGGGGUUUGCACAGGACGAGUACAUUAUCGACACGGACCAGGAGCUGGCAAAGGGACAGGCUGUCUUCAACGUGAGCUUCAUGGACUGCGGUGGCGGUAAGGUCUGGUUCAACGUUGGAGAGUCGUCUGAUUUCAGGGUGAGUGAGGAUGGUGUGGUCCUCACCCUACGGCGCCUCAGCCUGGCGGCACAGAAAAAAGCCAUGGUGGUGGUCUACGCUCAAGACCUGCAGUCCAAACAAGUCUGGAAGACUAGAGUGCACCUCCAGGUCCAUCCAGACGGCAACAGCACAGGCCCUGAGCAGGUAAAGCUUGAUGAUGCAACACUGACUCAGAGGGUACCAGUGAUCUUGUUUCCAUGGCGCAGCGUGGUUGUCAGGGGUGAUGGUACUCUUAGGCGUGUGAAGAGGGACUGGGUCAUUCCGCCUAUCAACGUCCCCGAGAACUCACGAGGACAGUUCCCCGAGGACCUAGUCAGAAUCCGCUCAGACCGAGACAAGAACCGGAUGCUGCGCUACAGUGUGACAGGCCCUGGGGCUGACCAGCCUCCCACCGGCAUCUUCAUCAUCAACCCCAUCUCAGGCCAGCUGUCCGUCACCAAGCCUCUGGACAGAGAACACAUCUCCAACUUUCAUUUGCGAGCCCACGCUGUGGACCUGAAUGGGAAUCAGGUGGAGAAUCCCAUCGACAUUGUCAUCAACGUCAUCGACCAAAACGACAACAGACCAGAGUUCACACACACUACCUUCAACGGCUCUGUACCUGAGGGAUCCAAGCCAGGAUCCUUUGUGAUGACAGUGACAGCAGUGGACAAAGAUGAUCCAAAAACUGCCAAUGGGAUGCUGCGGUACAAGAUCCUCUCCCAGAAUCCCCAGAGCCCCUCCUCCAACAUGUUCACCAUCAACAACAAAACUGGUGACAUCAUCACUGUGGCAGCAGGCCUGGAUCGGGAGAAAGUCACCCAGUACACCCUGAUCAUCCAGGCAACUGACAUGGAGGGAAACCCCACAUAUGGCCUGUCUAACACUGCCACCACUGUGAUCAGGAUCACUGAUGUCAACGACAACCCCCCUGAAUUCACCACAGACACAUUUUUCGGGGAGGUCCAUGAGAACAGGGUGAAUGUGAUCGUAGCUAACCUGACAGUGACAGAUAAAGACCAGCCUCAUACUCCGGCCUGGAGCACUGUGUACCGCAUCAUCGCUGGAGAUCCCACGGGACGCUUCUCCAUCCCCACUGACCCCACCACCAAUGAGGGCCUGCUCACUGUGGUCAAGCCAGUAGACUUUGAGCUGACCCGCUCCUUCAUGCUGACAGUGGAGGCGGAGAAUGAGGUCCCGCUGGCCCGAGGCAUCCACCUGCUUCGCCAGUCCACGGCAACCGUCUCCGUACGCAUCCUGGACAUCAACGAGAGUCCAGAGUUCAGCCCCAACCCCAAGUCCAUCAAACUGGAGGAGGGUCUGCCUGCCGGGUCUCUGCUCACCACCUUCACUGCCCAGGACCCAGACCGCUUCAUGAGACAAACUGUCCGGUACUCCAAGAUGUAUGACCCUGCCAACUGGCUGGAGAUUGACCCAGUUAACGGCCGGAUUUCGACCAUCGCCAUCCUCGACCGAGAGUCUCCCUACGUCAAGAACAACCUGUACAACGUCACCUUCAUGGCCUCUGAUAACGGUAUCCCUCCUGCCAGUGGGACAGGAACUCUUCAGAUGUAUCUGCUGGACAUUAAUGACAACGCUCCUCACGUGUUCCCCCCUGAGGUAGAAAUGUGUGAGAGGCCAGAUCCCAACGCCAUCAACAUCACAGCCAGUGACCCAGACCUGAACCCUAAUGCUGGACCCUUCGCCUUUGAGCUGGCCAACCGUCCAUCAGAUAUACGCCGCAACUGGACACUCAGUCGCAUCAACGGGGAGUACGCCCAGCUUCGACUGCGAAUCAGCUCCCUGGCCAGUGGCAUCUACGAGGUUCCAGUCAUGAUCACAGACUCUGGAAACCUACCGAUGUCCAACACCUCCUACCUGAGGGUCAAGGUCUGCCAGUGCGAUCACCAUGGAGACUGUGUGGACAUGGAGCGAAUCAUCGCUGCUGGAUUGGGCACCGGUGCCAUCAUCGCCAUCCUCAUCUGUAUCAUCAUACUGUUAGUGCUGGUGCUGCUCUUCGUCAUGUGGAUGAAGAGGAGGGACAAGGAGCGUCAGGCCAAGCAGCUCCUCAUCGACCCAGAGGACGACGUCCGGGACAACAUCCUCAAAUACGACGAGGAGGGAGGUGGAGAGGAGGACCAGGACUACGACCUGAGUCAGCUGCAGCAGCCUGACGCUCUGGAGCCAGAGUGUGUCAAAGUGGGAAUCAGACGUCUGGAUGAGAGGCCCCUACACUACGACCACCAGUACCCCCUCCGCUCUGCUGCCCCCCACCCAGGAGACAUAGGAGACUUCAUCCAUGAGGGCCUGAAGGCAGCAGACAACGACCCCACCGCCCCCCCCUAUGACUCCCUGCUGGUGUUCGACUACGAGGGCAGCGGCUCCACCGCCGGUUCCCUCAGCUCCCUGCACUCCUCCUCGAGCUGUGGAGACCAGGACUACGACUACCUCGGCGACUGGGGGCCACGCUUCCGCAAGCUGGCCGACCUGUAUGGCGGAGGGGACGAUUAGCACCCUCAGCCCCCACCAACAACAACCACCCUCCCCACCCCACUCCUGCUCCAAGGCACAGGUGUGGGUGGAGCUAAGGAAACACGAAAUGGGGUGAAGACGGGGUUUGGAUCAGCACUUCUGUAUUACCACAGGACAGCUUGUAAAGAGACCUGCUGCCUCUCAUGGACAGUUGAUGACACUAGGGACCAUGCUGACUCCGGGCCUAGCAAGGCCUGGCAGUGGGGAGCAUUCAGGCUAAUGGACAUUAUCAUCUGAGCAUUAGCCCCUGAGCUAACAGCCAGAACAGUGCGCUCAGAGGGACGUCGUCUCUGCGACAGCCAUGCUACAGACGUUCAUCUACACUUGAAUCUCACAGUACAGGAGCACUGGGCUCAAACGUGCCUUUUUGUACAUUCUUUUGAUUGUGUCCUGAUUCUGUACGUCGCUUUGAGGCUCCGCUGCUCUACAGCUGCAGUUGGAGGAGCGCUUCGCCAUAAUAACGAGUGCAUGUGUGUGUGUUCCACCUCAUUACCUUUACAUGUGUGUGUGUGAGAGAGAGUGUGUGUGAGUCAUUUCCGCAGAGUCACACUGGGUGGACACUAAAGGGCAAAGCCUAUGAUGAGACCGCCUUGGAUGAUCAAACCUGCAGAAACAUGGCUCUCCUGUGCAGCUCUGGGUGGUAGCACUUUUCUUUUCUCUCUGAUUCAGUCACAAAGUUCUACAGUGUAUAGAUCCUAAUGUUCAUCACAACUGCUGUCAUUACAUAUGUGACACAGUGACACAUUCCAGAUAGUAUAUCCUCUCUCUGAGGCACAUGUGUGUAAUCAGGCACAGUUUAUGACACAGUAAAUUUAAAUAACCUUGUCUCUGAAUCUGGAGGUUUUCACAGCAGGAGACUGAAAAAGUUUUUUGUGGAGCAGUUUAAAUAUUGUUGUGUCCUCGCUGUGUUUCCACUGAUGGGGACUUGAUGGGAUGUAAUUGACUUUAUUUGCAGGUUGAUAAAAUACAGAAAAAUACAGCGAUAAAAUAUCAUUUCAUUUAUGUGUCAGCAACAAAGAGUCAAUGCCACAGCAAAGAAAAUAAACCUGAAAAAUAAACCCUCACCAUGAGGAUAAUGAACAGAGUCAUGAAACAUGCUGAAUAUGACAGAAACAGCAGCAGUGAACGCGUGAGUGAUUCAGGUACAGCAGACAUGUUCUGAUGAAUAUGUAUGAUAUAUGUAUGAUAUAUGUAUGAUAUUCACUGACCUUUAAUCUGCUAAUUAAUCUGUCCAACAGAAGAACUUGAACUUUAGGAAUCCAGCUGAUGUAUCUUUGCAUACUGCAGUGGGGCAGUCACAGAUGUUGCAGCAUUUCUCUGUGAUGAUAUCAGUUCCUUAUUUGGAUCUUUCUAGUUCCUGGAGGAUAAAUCUAAAGAUUCAAAGUUCCACUCAUACAAAAGAAAUAUUAAAGGUACAGGAAACAACAUUUUCCAUAUGUGGAUAUAAAUGUUUGUUACUGAAGUUCCACAAAAUCUCAAACAACAGCUAAAAUGUUUAGAAUUUUCUCACCACUCUGUUUCUGUCAUGUUCAAAUACAAUCAACACAACACGUCCAUGUGGAUCAGGUUGCACACAAUCACAGCACAGUGUAAAAGUGGCAGAGAAACCUCACACACUGGGUCUGAACUGACUGAGCACCACACUGAAGCCAACAGUAAAACCAGGACUCAGUGAGUCCACCUGAGGAGUAGACCAGCUGUGUCACUACAUCACAAAACUUCAACAGCUUCAUGAAUGAAGAGGCUCUGCAGGUCAGUCUGUAUGUAGGGGAGAGACAAGUUCACUGAGCGAGGACACAGCCUGCAUCACAGAGCUGCAGCUGUAACACUGAAGGAUGUGUAGAUAACAGAUGGUAUCAGUGCUUCAUUUCCUUAUUAUAACCCUAUUUGCCCUGAUCAGCUAACAAUGAUCAGCCAACGUACUCUCAGUCUUUCUCUUGUACAAGCUGAACAUUAAACUUAUUCAAGUGCAGUUCAUUCUCUUCAUCAGUCACACUCACACACUGAAAGCAUUGUCUCAGUCUGUUUCAGCUCCUCAUCCUGACUGUGAGAGCAGUGACUCUGGGCCAGUUGAUGAGUCAGAGCCUUGUCUUUGUCUGAGGCAGCAAAACACAAGUCAUCAUGAACUCAUGGGCUAACUCAACACUGACCAGGGCUGACUAUUUACAAAAAAACACAUUCACAGGGCUUGAAGGAGCCUCAGAGUCCAGCAACAUGAAAGUGACUCACACCUCAUGCUUCAAAACUUCUUAAUACACAGGCUCAGUCUUUUUCCUCAUUCAAUAAGAACAUUUGCUCGACCAGCUGUUAUAUUAAAAGCUCAAGAUUUUCAGUUUCCUGUACCUUCAAAAUGAAGUUUACCAGGAGCAAUGUGAAUGGUGGUCAGACUAUAUAAGGUUGUAUAAGGAUGCAUACAGCUGUAUACAGCUGUGGCGUUGCCUCCUGUUGAGUCACUUGUUUCUGUGGUUUCUGUCAGUGAGCAGACAUUGGUCAAACCCAGAGUUGUACAGCAGAGCUUCAUAUUUUUGCAGGUUGGUUCUCCAGAGCUGCUGAGGAGACAUGUACAGUAGUGCUAGACUUUAGAUAGAUCCCUUCUGUUUUUGUUUUGCUUUUAUCACAGUGUAACUUAUGCAGCUGGUUGCUGAUAAAGGGAGUCAUCAGUCCUCGUUUUGUAGCAGAGACACUUGAUACUGCUGUGGUGGAUUAAAAAAGGCAAUGUUUUCUUUCUGCUGAUGAUUUGCCUUAGUGUUCUCUGGAUACUCACUGUAAACUGAACUCUGUACAGAUUGUAUUUUCUCUCUUGUUGUUCUUUUGGCUGUGGUCACAGAAAAUGACAUGCUAUUAUCCUGAAUCCUUGUAUAUGUGUCAUUUGGAUUACAAAUUAAAACGUUUUUGCAUGUU